AGGAUAGAGUUUAUGUCGGGGGAGGGCACAUUUCAUGAGUGCAUAUAAGAGUACAGAGCCACCACAAACACAAAGUUUUUCUCCCAGGACAUCUUGUGAAAUACUGACUGUGAGUAGCAAGCAACACAACAAGGACAACAGCAGCAACAGCCAUGAAGUUUCAAGCUCUUUUCUUUCUUCUGCUCCUCACCUGCAUGUACCUGAGUCUGGCGCAAGGCUCUUAUGGCAACUGCUGCCUUGGCUAUGUUCAAGGGAUGAAAGCAAAUGCAAAGAAAAACAUUGAAAGUUACAGGAUGCAGGAAACAGAUGGUGAUUGCAACAUCAGAGCUGUUGUGUUUCUGAUGAAGAAGAGGCCUUCACAUAAAAAACAACGGACUGUCUGCGCCAAUCCAAGCACUGGUUGGGUCCGGGACCUGAUUGAGACUGUGAAUAUGAGGAUGUCAAAGCAGAAUUAGGUUACAGUUACACAACAUACUCUCACUUUAAUGCCUUUCAGAGACAACUCAGUAACUGUGUAAAUUCUUCAUCAUAAAACGUUUGUCUCUGUAUACCACUAAAAGGAGACAAACAAGAGAAGAAUGGGAGAGAGGAGAGCAGCUGUUUCACCUCCCUGUCAGGCAUCAUGUAUCAUCUUAUCAUCAUUAUGUUUCAGCCGAUUUUGUAUUUCCUGUUGCUGACAGAGAAUGUAAAUGUACACAGUUCACUAUUAGACAAAUAUACCAUUUCAUCAAUGUUACAGACAAUAUAGCCAGAUUCAUUUAAAUGAGCCACUGCUAUGAUACUGUUCACUUCUUGAGCUAUGCAGAGCCUGCUAGGAAUGAGCCACUGUUUGGCAGCUUUGAAAGAUAUUUGCAGAUUGUGUUUGUACGUGUUUGUGUUGUGUAUAAGUGCGUGUGAUGUAUAUGUAAAAAAUGCUUUGGCUGAGAGUUUUUUAUAUAUGACAGAUUUCCAUAUUUUUAUAUCACCAUUGUAACUGUACUUUGUGUUUUCCCGUAUCAAAUAAAGUUGUAAAUACAAA